CCCCUGGUACCGGGAUGGCCACAGCCGGCAGUGAGUGAGGCGGCCUUGCGCGCCCCCGGCGGCGGGAGGACCGCGGGCGCUGCCCGCCUUGCGCGCCCCCGGCGGCGGGAGGACCGCGGGCGCUGCCCGCCUUGCGCGCCCCCGGCGGCGGGAGGAGCGCGGUGCGGCUGGGACGGGCAGUCAGUGUGUGCGCUGCCACGGUGUCGGUUGUGUACUGUGUCGGGCCGUCCGGUGUUUACUGUCCGCGUCUGCUGUGGUUUGAUUUCCUCUCCGCUUUUCUUAUUUUAUAUAUAUAAUCUCUAUAUAAUUUUUACUGUGUUGCGAGUCGGGGCCGCAUGAACAGCCAGGCUGGAUCGAACAAGGAAGAAGCUUGAGGAAUCCAAGGAGAAAUUCCGCCGGGAGAUCCGCGAGUCCAAGGCCAAGAUGUUCACCAAAUUCACCAACAUCCUGCAGCAGGCGGUGGAGGCGCUGGCUCCUUCCCUUCCUCUGCAAGAGGACUUUGUGUAUCAUUGGAAAGCCAUUACCCAUUAUUACAUUGAAACAUCAGAUGAUAAAGCUCCUGUAACAGAUACAAAUAUCCCAUCACAUCUGGAUCAGAUGCUAGAUAUUUUGGUUCAGGAGGAACAUGAAAGGGAAUCUGGGGAGACUGGGCCUUGUAUGGAAUACUUACUUCAUCACAAGAUUUUGGAAACACUAUACACCUUGGGGAAAGCUGAUUGCCCACCUGGAAUGAAACAGCAGGUCUUGAUUUUCUAUACAAAAUUACUCGGAAGGAUCAAGCAACCCCUGCUACCACAUAUAAAUGUUCACAAACCCGUCCAGAAAUUAAUUAGACUUUGCGGCGAAGUUCUUGCUGCCCCAACAGAAAAUGAGGAAAUACAAUUUCUCUGUAUCGUUUGUGCAAAAUUAAAACAAGACCCUUAUUUGGUCAACUUCUUUCUCGAGAACAAAUCUCCAAGAGAUGCAGGAAUUACCAACUCACGGCAAACUAUAAAAGAUGUUUCAAACAAAACAGUCAUGAAUGCAGACAUAUCGUCAGAGAUUGAACAGGCCCAAUCUCUUGAAGAUGAGACAAGUAUAGGACUUUGCAAUGCUACCUGUGGAGCUGUAACCAGCCCCUUGGACAGCAGUAGUGGAUCAUCUCAGCAGAGUACUGAUCUGUCUACAUCAUUUAAUGAGAUGGUCCUCUCUCCACAGACAAUUGCUACAACUGAUCAUUGUCAAAACCAAGAUUACAAUUUAGUGAACUCCUUGCUAAAUCUAAGUAAAAGUCCGGAUGGUCGAAUUGUUGUUAAAGCUUCUGAGGGUCUAAUGCUGCUGGUUAGUUUGCCAGAGCCAGCAGCUGCAAAGUGCCUGACUGAGAACACUUCUCUAUGCCAACUGCUAACAGAAAGACUGGGCACGCUUUAUAGAGCAUUGCCACAGUCGAUAGACCCCAUGGAUAUUGAAUCUUUGGAGUCUGUCAACUGGGGUUUGGAUUCUUAUAGCCAUAAAGAAGAUACCACAGCUUUUCCAGGAAAGCGGGCUCUCAUCUCUUUCCUGUCUUGGCUGGAUUACUGUGACCAGCUGAUUAAAGAAGCCCACAAGCUCACUGCAGCUGCCUUGGCAAGGGCUAUCCGAGAGAGAUUCUUUGUCCCAGUUAUGGAACCUCAAUUGCUUCAGACAUCAGAAAUCGGUAUUCUGACCUCAAUAUCACUACUUAAUCGCAUCAUCCGUCAGAUCACGUCAAAUGCAAUGCUACAAGAGUUAGUUUUCUUCUUGUUAGGGGAAUGGAGACAGCCUGAAACACCUGGACACAAUAAGCAUCAGCUGCGGUACCGGCUCAUAGAACACUGUGACCAUCUGUCAGAUGAGAUCAGUAUAAUGACACUGCGAAUGUUUGAGCAUCUAUUGCAAAAGCCAAAUGAGCACAUUAUUUACAACAUGGUGCUAAGGAAUUUGGAGGAACGGAACUAUGUUGAGAAUAAGCCACCUUGCCAAGAAGACAAGGAUAUAGUUGAGAAUGGACAAAUAGCAGGAGCAGUUGACUUGGAAGAAGAUCCGCUUUUUACAGAUUUGUCACCUGAUAACAGAAUGCUAGGCUCCAAUUGGCUAACUGCUUCUCCACCUCCAACUCCAGACCACACAAAAUCUGACGGGAAAACAGAAGUGCAUAAAAUUGUAAAUAGUUUCCUAUGUCUCGUUCCUGAUGAAGCAAAAUCAUCUUACUAUGUUGAAGGCACUGGAUAUGAUACCUACCUCAGAGAUGCACAUAGGCAGUUCCGGGAUUGUUGUGGUAACUGUAUGAGGUGGGACUGGCCAGGAACACCCAAACCUUUGGAGAAAUGCAACCUGGAGUCUCCUUUCUUUGAGGGACAUUUUCUAAAAGUUCUGUUUGAUCGAAUGGGCAGGAUACUUGAUCAGCCAUAUGACGUGAAUUUGCAAGUGACUUCUGUGCUGUCAAAGUUAUCUUUAUUUCCUCAUCCCCACAUACAUGAAUACUUAUUGGAUCCUUAUAUUAAUCUGGCUCCCAACUGCAGGUCUUUGUUUUCUGUUAUUGUAAGGGUGGUUGGAGACCUAAUGUUGAGAAUACAACGCAUCCCAGACUUUACACCAAAGCUUUUGCUAGUCCGAAAACGUUUGCUGGGUUUUGAGCAAGAUGGACCCAUCAUAGACCAUAUGACCUUGCUGGAAGGUGUGAUUGUGUUGGAAGAAUUCUGUAAGGAAUUAGCUGCAAUCGCAUUUGUUAAAUUCCAUGCUUCUACUGCAACCUAAUUGCUGACUGGUUUCCACACAGAAGCAUCCCAUUACCACGUCAGUCUUACUGGUUAGCUUCCAUUAAAAAUAUUUGGAAUAACGUGGACUGCUGUGACUGCUAACUGUGGUGUGCUGCCCAUCACUGUUUUGGAUAUGGAUAGAAAAAGGGAAAUAUGUGCAAAAAUGGAGCAAUUGAUACAGUUAACUGAAAAGCUGAGAGGUUGUGCCUGGAAGUAGACCAGAACCCUUCCUCGUUGCAGUUGCUCAGCUUUGCAGGUGACUUGACUUCAGUAUUGGAAAGAUGUUGAUGUACAAAUAGAACAACAGUCUCAAUGUUGUGUAUGCUAAAUUUUACAGUGGGGCUGGUUGUUUCUCUACGGUCCCUUUUUAAAAUCAUGAUGCAUUCUCUUAUUCAAAAUUGUUCUCAACACUUGAGAAUAGAUUGGGCUAAGGUCAAUAAUAGAAAUGUUUAUCAGUAUUUUAUCGAAUGAUUAUUUAAGUGAAAAAAGUCGGAGUGCUGAUUUGAAAUUAUUGUAUAUUGUGCCUUUGAAAAGGGCAGCAUUAAGUGUUAAGUCUUGUUUAUCUUUUGUCACUCUGUUCUCUUUCCCCUUCAACACUUUCAGAUAGUCUGGAGACUAUAGCCAUGUAGGCUAUGGCUUUGUGCCUGUUCCAAGCCUAAGCCUUCGUGCAACACUUUCAGAUAGUCUGGAGACUAUAGCCAUGUAGGCUAUGGCUUUGUGCCUGUUCCAAGCCUAAGCCUUCGUGCUCAUCCCAGGGAAUGGUCUGCAUUUGUGGAUGAAAGUCCAAGCUUAAGUAUUGUAUACUUGCACAGUUGGAGAGAGUGAUUUUUGGGUUUAUGACUAAUGCUCCAUUUUUAAGUGUUCACUAUUAACAAGUACUCAACAAGGCUUUAAUGCUACGUCAGUUUGAAUAUAACAAUGCUGCCAUUACCCAGUAUUAAUAAAUCAUUUAAAACAGUCAUCAUUCACUAUUUUUAAACUAGCAAAUACAGAAUAAUAACUAGUAGAUGUCUGUAAAGUAGUAUAUCCUGCUUACUUUGAAAAGAAAUUUAAAUGUUUAAUAUAAUUCACAUUGGAUACCCAAAUGACAUGGUGUCAUUGUGCAAUAAUGUAAUAAAUCCUCUAAAAGUGCUUCAUAACAAGUCUUUGUUAUAAAUUACACCUACCAAAUCUAGUGUGUUCUGUAUUUGCAGUUUUUCUGAAUAUUACUCGUGAUGUAUCAUACUCAAUUUUCAUUUUAAUACCAAAUGUUAACAUUGCACAGAUCUGAGCUCCUUUUCUGGACAGUAGCAUUGAAUUUUCUUAAGGGAGUACUAGUUUGUAGUAGACACAAGAUGUGCUUUUGUUUCUGUAAAUAAUUGUUAUUUGAAAUAUAUUUGGUGUAUAGAAACCAAAUAUUUUGAGACUUCAUCACAUUUAAUGUCAGUCUUAACCUUUUUUUCUUUUCAUGAGUGCUACACUUUUGCGUGCAAUAUCAAAGCUGUAUUGCCUUAUAUGCAGCUUAAAUGCAACACUUUUGUCGUACAUAAGGUCUUAUAUAUAUGAUCUGUGCUUGCUUCUACUGUCACUGUUGUAUAUGGUAAAAUGGGUUUAAUCUGCCUAAUUUACAUUAAAAUACAUUCAUAAUUUUCUAUUGAAGAAUUCUCUUUUUAGCACCUUAUUUUGAUAUGCUAUAACUUUGGGGACUGACUGCAGAUGAACUUUUAUGUUGUCUCAAGUGCAAGUUUAUUGUUGGCAUGGUGUUGUAUGUUUACAUUGCAAUUUUGGUUAGCUGUAACAGAAGCUCUAAUUAAAAACUUGUCAUUUCCAUACUUAACUUUUUUUUGCAUGUAACUCCCCAGGUAUCAAAACAAAUCAAUACUAAUGGGAGUUUCUUAUGAAUUUUUUCAUCUUUUUUGAGUCCUUAAGAAUUUGUCUUGCUCUUCAACUUUAGCUGCAUGUGCAGGUGGCAUUUACUCUGGAAUGUACAAAUUUUCUUUGGUCUCAUUUCUGAUUAAUUUAAUCUGCUUCACCUGCAGAUUCUGCUUUUUUCCACUUUAGCUCUGGAGCUCUGGUUAGAAAACAUUGAACAAGCAAAACUUUAUGGUAGGUGGUAUGUGAUCAUUGGGUCACUCUUCUUCAUGAAGAAACCAUAACCAGUCAACACUUGAUUUGAUCAUUUUGUGUUAAAUUCCCAUAUGGCUUCUUUCCUUAACAUUCUGUAUUUUAAAUAAUUUAUUCUUUCAGUGGGAAGAGCAUCAUCCAGUAAGCUGCAUUUGUUUUAAAUUUGAGAUGGCCAUGAAUACAUUAACAAUACUUUGGUGCUAAUUUGAAAUUAAAAGGGUAAUAUAUUUACCAAUCUUUACAAAUUAUGUUGUAAUGUGAUUGAUUUGUUUUUGCAACCUAUUUCAUUAUUAAUUGCUGGUUCACUGUGGGUAAAUUUAAUGUUCUAACACCACUUGCAGCACACACAAAGUAAGGUGUACAUUUUUUCGUUUUUGACAUGAUACUGGUCACAAAUAGCCUUUUUCUAAAAUAUUUUGUGGCAUUUCAUGCAAAGUUAUGGGCAAUGGUGCCAGAAGGUGCUGCAUAAAGCAUAAAGCCUGGUAGAGUUGUCUUCAUUCUUUGAAUUAAAAAAUGAUUUACACG